AUGCCCUUUUUCAAAAGAUACCACUUUUCACACCACCACCACCACCACCACCAUCACCACCACCACAGGUCAUCACCACACGGAGAUCUAGAAAUGUCAGAUUUUCAACACCACCCCGGCCAUUCGAGGAUAAACUCUGGCAAGUCAUCUUCAGCCAGCAGCAACAGCGGCUACGAUCUCGACGACGACGCCAUCACGCCGUGUCCGCUGCUGGAGACAACAGCUAGCCAUCAAACACACCACUCUCACCUCCGUGACCUUCAACCAAGCCACCACCGUCUAUCACCAAAUCAACACAAAUAUGGCAGCCUGAGUCGAACCUCGAGCCAGAAAAGGCCGGCGUCGAGGUCCGAGUCGUGGAGGAGCAGCCAGCCUCGGCCAUUCCACGGAUAUGUUGGGGACUACGAUGAGGAAGAGGAAGAGUUGGAUACGGAAAUCCUAUGGAAGCAGAUGCUGGCGGUGCAGGACAGGUUCGGGUGCUAUAAUUCAGCGAGAAUGAGGGCGGCUCUGGAAGGGGGCGAUACCUCGAUUCCAUCGAAAGUAUGCCUUGAUCUCAUCAACGACAGCAUAGGUGAGAUGCCCGAGGACGCAAGGCAGAGGAUCGAGUUAUUCCUCGAGAGGGAAGGCAGCGGCGCAAUGAUGAGAAGAGGGAAGUGGAAGAAGUUUUGGCACAGGGUUAUUUAUGUCUGA